AGUAGACGUACUUUUCCGUUUCGUCAUAAAUUCCACGUGUAUCAUUAAAAGAACUCUGAAGCCAUAUAAAACAGGACAUCUUCAGCUGAAAACUAUCAAAUAGUGACGUUUUGAAUCAAUUUUGAAAGGAAUCAUGUCGAGCGAGAGAAUCACCAACGGAGUGGAGAGAGCCGAAGAUGGCUUCCGUGCGCAACCGAAGGGUUUUGCUACUAAGGCGAUACACGUGGGUCAAGAAGCGGAACAGUGGUCUAGUCGUGCCGUUGUGCCUCCCAUCAGCAUGAGUACAACGUUCAAACAGUUCGGUCCGGGUCAGCAUGCUGGAUUCGAAUAUGGUCGCAGCGGUAACCCUACCCGCGAUGUGUUGGAGAAAUGUCUUGCCUCGUUGGAUAACGGCAAAUAUGGUCUGACGUUCUCCUCUGGUCUUGGGGUAACAACGACCGUGAUUACAAUGCUAAGUUCUGGAGAUCACAUUGUUGCCGGGGAUGAUUUGUACGGCGGUACCAAUCGGUUGUUGAGAAAUGUGGCUAUGAAAAUGAAUAUCGAGGUCGACUUUGUCGAUUGUACUAAUUUGGCAAAGGUUGAAGCUGCGGUGAAGCCAAACACGAAACUGUUUUGGAUUGAAACCCCAACAAAUCCCCUGUUGAAGGUGGUUGACAUUGUGGCAGUCAGCAAAGUGGCGCACAAAUUUCCCGGGGUUGUGGUUGUGGUGGACAACACUUUCUUGUCGGCAUAUCUUCAACGUCCACUCGAUUUGGGUGCCGACAUUGUUAUGUACUCCUUGACCAAAUACAUGAAUGGACAUUCCGAUGUAAUAAUGGGAGCUGCUAUCAUGAAUGAUGAAGCCCUAUAUGAGAAGCUCAAGUUUCUACAGAACGCUGUCGGUAUCGUUCCAUCGCCAUUCGAUUGUUACCUGGUAAACCGUAGCUUGAAGACGCUAGCCCUGCGCAUGGAGCGACACAAAUCCAACUCAUUGACCGUAGCCAAGUAUCUCGAAAAACAUCCGAAAGUGGAACGCGUGCUGCACCCUGGCCUACCAUCGCAUCCACAGCAUGAACUAGCCAAGAAACAAACCUACGGACACAGUGGCAUUAUGUCCUUCUACAUCAAAGGUGGUAUAGACGAAUCUACUGUGUUCCUCAAGGCCCUGGAGGUGUUCACGCUGGCGGAAAGUCUCGGUGGAUAUGAAAGUCUUGCAGAAGUACCGUCAGUUAUGACACAUGCCUCCGUACCGGCGGAGCAGCGUGCUGCCCUGGGUAUCAGUGAUAACUUGAUCAGAAUUUCAGUGGGUUUGGAAGACGCAGAUGAUCUGAUCAUGGAUCUGAAGCAGGCACUUGAGCAACUCUAAUUUAUGUAGUAAAUUAUGUGUGUAGAUUUUAAAGGGGAAUUACAUGUUAUGUGAAGUUUUUAACAAGUUUUAAAAAAGCCAUUAUAGAACG